AUUAUUUUUUUUUGACAAAUUUAUAAAUCUUCAUUUCAAAAUUCCUAAAACUUGAAACACCAGCAUCAAAUUUCCCUCUACUCAACAACUUUUGCCAAAAAUCAAAACACAAGACAUCAACAAACAGAAUCAGAUCAGAGACUGUGUGUGAAGUGAAUAACUGCAUCUUCAGCUUGACUCAGAUCCAACCAUAACCAACUCGAACGAGUCACCGAGUUAUACCUCAACUCGUCCAAUGCCAUCACCGUAAUCGAUAAUGCAAACCGCAUCUUCUUCUUCGGCAUCGCCGGAAGCGAUUCUCGAAUGGCUUCACAAGGAAAUGGGAUACCGACCACUCGGUCAGUACGCCGCCGCCGGGAAGUCACAUUCGCCGUCAGUUGAAUCGAUCCGGAAGGUUUGUCGUGGGAACAUGAUUCCGGUUUGGAAUUUUCUCGUCACGCGUGCUAAGUCUGAGAAGACGGUGAGGAAUGUUCGAAGGAAUAUUACUGUUCAUGGUGAUGGAGAUGGUGUAGGGAGGAAGAAGGAGAAGAUGAUGGCUGGGGAGGGGUCUGGUUCGGUGGAGACGAGAGAGGCCGCGUUGAUGGAGAGGGAUUUGGCGGCGAAGGAGGUGGAGAGGUUGAGGAAUGUUGUGAGGAGACAGAGGAAGGAUUUGAAGGCGAGGAUGCUCGAGGUUUCGAGAGAGGAGGCGGAGAGGAAGAGGAUGCUUGAUGAACGAGCAAAUUACAGGCAUAAGCAAGUGAUGUUGGAGGCCUAUGAUCGGCAAUGUGAUGAAGCUUCAAGAAUAUUUGCUGAAUAUCACAAACGUCUCUGUUACUAUAUAAAUCAAGCGAGGGAUGCUCAAAGAUCAGGUGUGGAUUCUUCCGUUGAAAUGGUAAAUAGUUUUAGUGCCAAAAAUGAGAAGGAAUCUGUUUAUUCUACUGUCAAGAGCAGUAAAUCUGCAGAUGAUGUCAUUGUCAUAGAAACCACAAGGGAAAAGAAUAUCAGACAGGCUUGUGAAGCUCUUGUAGCUUACAUGGUUGAAAAAAUACAGAGUUCUUUUCCUGCUUAUGAAGGAAACGGUGUUCUUUCAAAUCCUCAGGCAGAAGCAGCGAAGUUGGGGUUUGAUUUUGAUGGGCAAAUUCCGGAUGAGGUUAGAACAGUUAUUGUGAAUUGCCUAAAGAGUCCUCCUCUAUUGCUUCAGGCAAUUACCGCAUACACUUCUCACUUGAAAAGUCUAAUUUCCAGAGAAAUUGAGAAAAUUGAUGUUAGAGCUGAUGCAGAGAUCUUGAGGUACAAAUAUGAAAAUAACAUAGUUAUGGAUGUUUCGUCUUCUGAUGGGAGCUCUCCUCUACAGUAUCCACUUUAUGGAAAUGGAAAACUUGGGGUUGAUGUGCCUCCAGGAGGAAGUCAAAAUCAGCUCCUUGAAAGACAGAAAGCUCAUGUUCAGCAGUUUUUGGCUACUGAAGAUGCACUAAACAAUGCUGCAGAAGCAAGGGACUUGAGUGAAAAACUUAUGAAACGUCUGCAUGGAGGCACUGAUGUUACUUCUCGUUCAAUUGGGAUUGGAAAUGCAUCUCAGAAUGUUGGAAGUCUUAGGCAACUUCAGCUAGAUGUUUGGGCAAAGGAAAGAGAAGUUGCUGGUUUAAAAGCAAGUUUAAAUACCUUGAUGUCUGAAAUACAGCGCUUGAAUACGUUAUGUGCCGAAAGGAAAGAAGCCGAAGAUUCUCUUAAGAAAAAGUGGAAAAAGAUUGAGGAGUUUGAUGCUCGUAGAUCAGAACUUGAAUCUAUAUACACGGCACUUCUUAAAGCAAAUACGGAUGCUGCUUCAUUUUGGAGUCAGCAACCAUCAACUGCAAAGGAGUAUGCUUUAACCACUAUAAUUCCAGCAUGUUCUGCUGUUGUUGAGACUUCAAAUAGCGCAAAGGAUCUUAUUGAGAAAGAAGUGUCUGCCUUUUAUCGGAGUCCAGAUAAUAGCCUCUACAUGCUUCCUUCUUCACCACAGGCACUGCUUGAGGCCAUCGGGUCCGGUGGAUCAUCUGGACAGGAAGCAGUUGCAAAUGCAGAAAUAAGUGCGGCUAUUUUGACAGCAAAAGCUGGUGCUCGGGAUCCAUCGGCAAUUCCAUCAAUAUGUCGUGUUUCAGCUGCACUUCAGUAUGCUGCUGGCUUGGAGGGUUCUGAUGCUGGUCUAGCAUCCAUACUGGAGUCCCUGGAGUUUUGUUUGAAACUCCGUGGUUCAGAAGCUAGUGUGUUGGAAGAUUUAUUAAAGGCUAUUAAUCUUGUCCAUAUUAGACGAGAUCUUGUUCAAAGUGGUCAUGCCUUGUUGAAUCAUGCCUACUGUGUUCAGCAGGAAUAUGAAAGGACGACCAAUUUUUCUUUAAAUUUGGCUGCAGAACAAGAAAAAGCUGUCACAGAAAAAUGGUUGCCUGAACUCAAGACUGGUGUUUUGAAUGCUCAACAGAGUUUGGAAGAUUGCAAAUAUGUCAGGGGAUUGCUUGAUGAGUGGUGGGAGCAACCAGCAUCGACCGUUGUUGACUGGGUGACGGUGGAUGGGCAAAAUGUUGCUGCAUGGCAUAAUCAUGUGAAGCAGCUUCUUGCAUUUUAUGAUAAGGAGCUACUAUUGUGAAUAUAAUUUUAAAGCACCUGCAGUAAAUUAAAUUUUUGGAAGUCCCAGAUUGUCUAAACAUUUCCCACUUUGUGAUCAACAUUGAAGACUAUAUUCUUUAGCCUCAAGGUGUUGUGCAUUAGCCAACCGAUACUUCAAGCAGUUACUUUGGGAUGGAAUAUACAGCAGCUGUCUUUAUCGAUAGACCAAGUUGUCAAGAACAAGAAAGAAACCUCUCCUCUACCUGUUGAUUUUUUUAUAGAUUCGCUCUCUCUUCAAAAGUGUGGUGUGUAUUAUAAGCCAUUUUAGGUUUUAGGUGGUGAGUUGGAAUGCUCUUUCUAAUUGCAUGUGAUUAAUGUUUUGAUUCCUCUGAUUGUAGAGCUCUGUAAAUUGAUUUAUUGUGUACCAGAUAGUUGAAGUUGAAGACAUAUUCAACUUCAUUUACUGCAUUCUGGUUUGAACUGUUGUACACAAUUAGUACCAUUUAGAAAACAUGAAGAAGUCUAGUUACAAGUAGACUUAUAUGGUACUUGUUAUAUGAUUUACGUGGUAUAUGAAAUUUCUAGUUUUACAAACAAAACAUUUCUUUGUAGAAGAGUUCUGAGUUCAUAAUUUAUAUUGCUAAUCAAAUUUAGCAAUCUUGUUGAAUUCUCUAUUUUCUCCAUGAUGUAAAGAGGUCAAAUAUCAAGUUUAAUGUAGGACCUUUGAAGCUGUUUUAGUCGAGAUAACAAAGAAAAUGAAAAACACUAAAUUUGGGCAUUAA